AUGACACCAAACAAAUUUACUCUAAUGGUGUAUGUGGCGAUGGUUGGGACUAUGGGUGACUACCAGACAGUAGUCACGGCCUGCAGGGGAGAACUAGACUCAACUCUACCCACUAUUAACUCACAGACAGAACAAGAUUUUCUCAAUCAAAUGAUUGUCAAAUACAAGAUCAUUGAAAAUGUAUGGCUCGACGCCGGCAUCAAAAACAAACACAUUGUUUGGGCAGACAGUAGUAGUGGUGAAUACGAGAACUGGAGGUCUGGUUCCCCGGUUAACAAUAGCAACUGUGUGGAAAUGGUACCCGACCAAGGUAAUGUGGGCAAAUGGCAAGAUGUACCAUGUGCCAAGAAAAAUUCUUAUGUUUGUAAGCGUGUGGUGAUGUGGUCGGGUCAGCGUACGGAGCGUUUGAUUAGGGACAAUCGGCGUUUAUUGGAAGGAGCAUUAAACAUAAUUACCAUUCUUACACAUAAUCAAGACAAACAUGAAACUGAAAUUACCAUGUUAAAACAAAGUCAAGUGCCUAUUGGUUUUAUAUACGUACAAUUACCCGGUCAGAUUGACCCCAAAACACUAUGGCCUGAGUACACGUGGUCAGACUCGACCAGUCCAUACGCGGGCCAAUUUUUCCGGGCUGAAGGCAACGGUAGUUUAGAGUUUGGUAAAGGUGUUCAAAAUGAGAAUGCACCUAGAUUGUCGGCCGUUGAGCAGAUGGAUAAUGCUGAUUACGGUGCACAUAUUGACGUGACUCCCGGUACAUGGAGUAAAUAUAUUUGGUCGGGUUACAAUCCAGAAAACAAGCACACGUAUUCUCACAGAUUUUAUGAAACUGGUGGAGAAAUUCGCACUCGUAAUCAGGCGGUGCGCUUAUUUAAACGUUUGAACAAGCUAAGUUGUUUUGUUGGUGACCUAACCCUGGAUGAUGUAAUUACUAAAAUGACUAAACUGGAACAAAAACUGGCCCAACAUCAAUCAAAAAUAUCAAUCGGUUUUAUAUACGUACAAUUACCAGACCAGGUUGAGCCCACUAGUUUAUGGCCAACAUACACAUGGUCAGAUGUUACUGCAAAUUACGCUGGCGACUUUUUCCGGGCCGAAGGGAAGGGUAGCCUAGCGUUUGGUACGGGUGCUCAGGCACAAAGUGGGCCCAGACUGUCGGCCGUAUACAGCAAUCAUAACGUAAGCAUGAAUUUUAAUAUCAAUAUUACGGCUGGAGUUUGGAGUGACUAUAUCUAUACGGGCGGCGAUAGUAAGACGGUGCUCGAUGAAGUGCGCCCACCCAAGCUCAUUACAUCGGACAAUGUCUGCGACGAUUGGUCAGACAUAUUUCACGACGACUAUUACGACAUAUGCUAUAAAUACUAUUCAGGUGUCGCUGAUUAUCAUAAGAUGGUAAAAGAGUGCAACGCUCUAAACGACUCAUCCCUGCCCACCAUUAACACAAAAGCUGAGCAAGAUUUUUUAAUCAACAUGAUGAUCAAAUACAAAAUGGUAGAGAGUGUAUGGCUGGACGCCAGCAUCAAAGAUAAACACAUUGUUUGGUCCGACAGGAGUAGCGGUGAGUACGAGAACUGGAUGUCCGGCCGACCGGUUAAUAAUGACAACUGUGUGGAAAUGUUGGCCGACGAGGUUAAUCGUGGUAAAUGGGAAGAUCAACCAUGCACAAAGUUAAAUGGCUACAUAUGCAAGCGUGUGGUGAUGUGGUCGGAUCAGGAGACGGCGCGUUUGAUCAGGGACGAACGUAGAAGCUUGGAUGCGGAGAUUAGAUCUGGGUACAAAUGUGUGGGUGUGGAAAUGAUACCCGAUCAAGGUAAUAUUGGCAAAUGGCAAGACAUAGCGUGUGCCAAGAAAAAUUCCUAUCUAUGUAAACGUGUGGUGAUUGGGUCUGACCAGCGUACGGAGCGUUUGAUCAGGGACAAUCGGCGAUUGUUGAACGAGGCUUUACAAGAAAUAUCACAGUUAAAGCAAAAUCAGGUACCCAUUGGUUUCACAUACGUACAGCUGCCAAACCAGGAUCACCCAACAAAACUAUGGCCCACAUACAAGUGGUCAGAUGUGACGGCCACAUACGCGGGUCAGUUUUUCCGGGCCGAAGGUAGCGGUAGCUGCGAGUUUGAGGGUGGCAUUCAAACGGAAAACGCACCUAGAUUGUCACAAAUACAGCGUAUGGACAAUGAAGGUCAUGAUCCAUGGACUAUAAACGUAUCACCUAAUGCAUGGAGUCCGUGGAUUUUUACUGGCCAGGAUGGUGGCGGCCAUUUACACUAUCUCCGAUUUUAUGAGACUGGUGGCGAAGUGCGGCCCCGGAAUCAAGCCGUGCGCAUAUUUAAACGCAUUAACCUAUAA